UAAAGUUCAGAGUACAAACAACUGUUAACUUUUUGGUAACAGUAAACAUACAGAGUCUUUGUUUUUGGAACAAUAUGAAAUUAUCUGCAUCAAUGUCUGUAUUUAUUUUAAUCCUUCUUAUAAAUAUCAAUUUUCAAGUCUGUAAAGCAUACUGGCAGUAUCCUGCAUGGUCUUCUGCAUCCGCUUCUGCAUCUGCGCAUGCAUCUGGUUCAGGAUCUUCGCAUGCAUCUGCAUCUGCAUCUGCAUCUGCUUCAGGAUCUAGAAGAUAUAUCAACCCAAAAGAUAUAUCAACUUCAGAAGAAUGCGCGCGUGAAUGUCAAGACGGCGAGCCAUCAAAAAUUUGUUAUUAUCAUUUUGUUCUCGAAUUAUAUUCAGCAAAUGGCGCUGCGUGCGACUACUGUAACGUGUCGGUAACUGAUCCAAGAAUUAAUACCGCAUGUGAGUGCAUUAUAGGUGAUGGAAUUGAAAAAACGGUGAUGUCCAUCAAUCGCAUGAUUCCAGGUCCAAGUAUCCAAAUUUGUGAAGGUGACACUGUUAUCGUCGACCUGCAAAAUGAUGCCGAAGGUAUUGAAGCAACUAUACACUGGCAUGGAAUUUUCCAAAAUGGAUACCAAUAUUACGAUGGUGUGCCGUACUUAACGCAAUGUCCGAUUUUAUCAGCUAAUACUUUCAGAUAUUGGUUUAAAGUUAAAAAUGCAGGUACGCAUUUCUAUCAUUCUCAUAUCGCGACUCACUUGUUGGACGGACAAUAUGGAUCUCUUAUUGUACGCAAUCCACCUAGAUCAAAUCCUCAUGUUAACUUGUACGACAAAGAUUUACCAGAACACGUAAUUGUUAUCAGUGACUGGAUACACGAAUUAUCAUUAGAUCGUUUUCCUGGUAGAUAUAGGAGCAAUCGCGGGCAGGCAACAAACAACUUUUUAAUCAAUGGCAGAGGCAAUUGGACGGAUCCUGUUACUAGAGUAAGUACGAACGUUCCUCUUUCAAUGUUCAUGGUUGAAAGCGGAAAAAGAUAUAGAUUUCGCUUGAUUAAUGCGUGCAGCACAAUUUGUUUGAGUGAAGUGACAAUCGAGAAUCAUUCCGUCACAUUAAUUGCCACUGACGGUGAAAAUAUAAUGCCGACACCAGUGAAAACACUUACUACGUCUUCAGGUGAACGUGCCGAUUUUAUUCUGAAUGCGAAUCAAACGGUGCGUCAAUAUUGGAUACAUGUACGUGGGACCGGUGAAUGUCAACGUCGUCAAGUGUAUCAAUUAGCAAUACUUAGCUAUCAGGGAGCUUCGGAAUUAUCGUUAUCACCAAACCCAGGAUAUUCAAUGGAGACGUCUGAAAAUGUUUUUAAUCCGCCGAAUUCUACAAAUUGUGGAAGUGAUGUUUGUGUAGAUCAAUUGCGCAAAAUCUAUCUUUCCAACGAGUACCAAAUACCAUUGCAAAGACAGGCAGACAUGACACUCGUUCUGUCGUUUGAGUUUUUUAAUUAUUCUGCAAAUAUACAAAACUUAUUUAAUAAAAACAACGGAGAAUACAAAAGAUUUUUUGUGUCUCCAACCGGUAGUCAUUUGGACAGCUUGAUGGCAAAUAUUUCAUAUCAAGAUCCACCAGCACCGCUGAUCUCGCAGAAUGACGGAUACGAAUAUAUAUGUGGAAAUGAAGCUACACCAACCACAUGUACAGAACCUUGCACUUGCACCAUUGUUUACAAUAUUCCUCUUUAUGCGAUUGUAGAUGUGAUGACUUAUGAUAAAAUACCUAUAAAUGACGUAAAUCAUCCAUUUCACUUGCACGGUUAUAGUUUCUGUGUAUUGUAUGCUGGUCAAUUUGUUAAUGCAAAAAACAAAGAAGAUAUAUCAAAUGAAGAUGUAAUCAACGAGUUGCGUGCUCAUAAAUAUCGUUUAUUUAAUGGAAAUUAUAGAUAUUGUUCUCCCAAAGAUACUGUAAUUGUACCAAAUACUGGUUAUACGAUUAUACGUUUCGUGGCAAACAAUCCAGGCUGGUGGUUUUUCCAUUGCCACUUCUCGUGGCACACCGCGACAGGAAUGAAUGUUGUUUUUCAUGUCGGUAGGCGUUCAGAUCUUCCACCAGUACCAAAAGAUUUCCCAAAAUGCUACAACUGGAAGCCAACAGUUUAACUUAACAACAAAUUAAACUUAAAUUAUUAUUUAUAUAAACUCUUAUAUAUGUA